AUGGGGAAUCUUCGUCAAAUAACAUAUAAGGCACGAAAUUUGUAUAAUAUAUUCAGUGAAGUUGGUAUUGAAGUACUAAGUGGAGGUUGCCCAAAUUGGAUUAAUUGUUUAAGAAUGACCGGUCUAAUGGAUU